AUGCUUGGAGGGAAGAACGUCAACCCCGUACAGGCCCAGCGCAAAGCUGAGAAGGCCAAGGCAAUUAAGAAAGGAAAGGCAGAGGCAGCCGCCCGUCGAAAUGAGAAGUUUGCGAAGCGAAACCCCGACAGGAUACAAAAGCAGAUUGACGACUUGAAGAAGAUCACAUCAAGUGGUGGCAAGCUCACAAAGCAUGAAGAGUCGGUAUUAGAAGGUCUGGAACGUGAUCUGAAAGUAGUCACCAAAGCUAGAGAAGCGUUAGGUGAUAAAGCACCCUCCUUCGGUCGCAGCGGUGGCUUCAGAGGUGAUGGUCAGAGAAACAAUGGCGUUCUAGGCAAACGAAGAAGAGGCGACGAUGAUUCAGGCAGCGAUAACGACGUGCCUGAAGAUGUCAAGAAUAUACCAAUGCCGAGAGACACGCCACCCCCGAUUCCGAAGGAGAUAUUAGAUCAAUGGUAUGCGAAACGCAGAGCAGCGCGCAAUGCGAACGACACACCGCUUGGUGGUGGUAGGGACAACAGCCAGGAAAAGCAGCCGCCACCACCCGCUCCAGUGGAAACGAAGACCGUAUACGAAGCGAAACCCAUGGUACGCGAUUUACGGAAAGAAGCUGUCAGCGCAUUCAUGCCCACAGUAGUCCGGAUGAAGAUGGAAAAGAGCAAAGGUCAAGGUGGUCUAAUGGAACCCGAAGAAGCAGACCGUCUAGAGAAAGAGGGCUAUCUCAAACCUUCUCUAGAAGCAGAUGACGCGUCAGAAUUUACGAGAACGGGGGGACCGCAAAAAGUUUCAAUGGAGGAAGUCGAAGAUGAUCAAGAUGAUCAAGAUUGA